AUGACCCGCCCCGAAGACGACCUGGCUUAUGGCCAGUAUUACCAGGACUCCGCCCGGGGAGCUUCUUCCGGAGACUCCUCCAGGGGUCUGAGUGACACUUUCAAGAAGCUCAAACAGACCUACAAGUCUCACCAGUCGCAACAGGGCUCUUCCCAGCAGACUCAGCAGUCACAGCAAUCCCAGUCCGCCAGCUACUACAAUACUUCGAACCAGACCUAUCAGUCCCAAGGUCCCUCGCAGUCCCAGCCACACCCUCCCCCUCAGCAACAACAACCCCAUCCGUCGAAACCCCAGAAGCAGGACAAAUUCUCCGGCUUGUUUGGCAAGCUCGAGGAAUUCGGCAAUGAGGUGGCACAGAAACUGGGUACCGCGCUCGACCCCCAGGCCUAUGCCGAGUAUGGCGCACCAAAGCCGCAGACGGAGAACCGCUUCGGGAGCUUUGCAUCCCCGCGUCAGGGUAACGAGGUCAAGUGGCACGUGGACGGUUGUGCCUACUUCUAUGCGGUGUCCAAGGCAUUGGAGAGUGCCAAGGAGUAUAUCUGGAUUCUGGACUGGUGGCUUUCUCCGGAACUUUACCUGAGACGUCCCCCGGCGAAGCACGAACAGUACCGGCUGGAUCGGAUGCUGUUGGCUGCAGCGCAGCGCGGAGUCCGGGUGAACAUCAUUGUGUACAAGGAGGUGACCCAGGCACUGACCCUUUCCUCCCAUCACACCAAGCACCAUCUGGAAGACCUCCACGAAAACAUUGCCGUAUUCCGUCAUCCCGAUCAUCUUCCCGACCGCCAGGAACUCGAGGCGUCCAUCCACACGUCUCUCCAGAACCUGUCUCUCGAUGCCGGAAACCUGGCCAAGAUGUCCGAAGAUGCUAUCAAGGGCAUCUACGGCAUGCACGAGGAUGUCAUUCUGUACUGGGCUCACCACGAGAAGCUUUGCCUCAUUGAUGGCCGCAUUGCCUUUAUGGGCGGUCUGGAUAUGUGCUUUGGCCGUUGGGACACCAACCAGCAUGAACUGGCGGACGUGCAUGGCCAGGACCUGAACAAGAUUGUCUUCCCUGGUCAGGACUACAACAACGCCAGAGUGAGCGACUUCCACGAUGUUGCCCACUGGGAGCAGAACCAGCUGGACCGGAAGGAUACUUCCCGCAUGGGUUGGUCCGACAUCUCGGUCAGCUUGCACGGUCCGGUCGUUGAAGAUCUGAGGAAGCACUUCGUUCAGCGGUGGAACUUCAUCUAUGACUCCAAGUACCAGUCGCGCAACAACUCGAGAUACGCCAGAUUGUCCCUGUACGGCCGGCCCACCUCAGGCCCUCAGCAGCAAGGUCCCCAACAGGGUGGUCAGGCUCAGAAGCCGCCGGCAUCCCCUCAGCCUGGUGCCACCGGCCCUCCUGCACCAAGCUGGCAACAGCAGGCUGCGUCUCCCCAGCCUGGGGCGAACCCUGGUCCUCCCGCUCCCAGCUGGCAGCAACAGGCAGCUCCGUCGCAGAGUGCCCAGCCGCCUAGUACUAGCAGCUCUUCUACCCCAAGCUGGCAGCAGCAGCAGACCGGGGUUGCUACGACUCAGCCUCCCAGCGCUGCUAACCCCGCGACACCAACCUGGCAGCAGCAGGCACCGGUACCCCAGGGUGGCUACCCAGCCAGUCACUCCCCCAACCCUAGCAGCCAAGAGAAGCCCAGCUGGCAACAACAGACUGCGCAGCCCAGCAGCUACAACCAACCCCAGGCGCAAAACACCGGUAGCCAGGAGAAACCUAGCUGGCAACAGCAGCCUGCGCAGCCUACCGGCUACAGCCAGCCCCAGACGCAAAGCACUGGCAGUCAAGAAAAGCCCAGCUGGCAACAGCAGAGCUCGGAGCCACCCGCGUACUCGGCUCACCCACAGCAGCACUACACGUACAGUGGUGACUCCUUCCCUCCACCCCCUCCUGGUCCCCCGCCAGCCCAAGGUACUGCGCAGACGUCUUAUCAGGCGUACAAUCCCCAGCAGCAGCAGCAGCAGCAGCCUCAGAGCCAUACACCUACCCAAGCCCAGAGUCAAGGCCAGACCCAGUACUAUCCGCCUCCUCCGAGCCAGGAGAUCCAUCACUCGCAGACCCGCGGUAUCCACGAUGCAUCAGGCGGAUAUGGCAACUCUGAGAGGGGCUUCAACCCCCGCCGUCUGCGUGAGAACUUCAUGGACUACAGCAACGUCCUGCGCGGCGAGUUGGCGGGCCAGAUCCAUCAGUACCAGGAUCGUUUCUCCACUCAUGGCCGUCAAGCCAGUCAGCCCCGUGGUAACAUGACUUGCCAGAUCGUGCGCAGCUGCUCGAAGUGGAGUAACGGCACCUCGACCGAGCAUUCCAUUCAGGAUGCGUACGCGGCGGUCAUUCGCAACAGUCAGCACUUUAUCUACAUUGAGAACCAGUUCUUCAUCACGGCGACUGGCGAUGCGCAGAAGCCGGUGGAGAACAAGAUUGGUGUUGCCAUUGUGGAGCGUAUUCUGCGCGCAGCCCGUGCUGGGGAGAAGUUCAAGAUCAUUGUUGUGAUCCCCUCCGUUCCUUGCUUUGCCGGAGACUUGAGCGACGAGUCCACCCUUGGUACUCGCGCUAUCAUGGAGUUCCAGUACAACUGCAUCAACCGUGGAGGUAGCAGUAUCAUGGAGAUGAUUGCCAAGGAGGGUUUCAACCCGAUGGACUACAUCCGGUUCUAUAACCUGCGUAACUACGACCGCAUCAAUGUCAGUGGCCCGCUGAUGCAGGCCGAACAGCAGAGCGGCGUCAAUUACGAGGAUGCCCGCAAGCAGCAGGAUGUGGCGACCGGUGGCCCUGGUAGUUAUGGUCCCGGUGCUCCUCGGGCAGCUUUCGACACCACCGCGCCUUACCAGCAGUACCAGCAGGCUGCCCAGCAGGUGGGCGGUAAGUCUGGCCAGUGGGAUAGUGUGAGCAGCUGCUACAUGCUCAAUGGUCCGGACAUUCGCAAUGUCCCUUGGAAUGGACCUCCGGAGGCUGAGAUUGAUGCGUUUGUCACGGAGGAGCUUUAUGUUCACUCCAAGGUGAUGGUCGCUGACGACCGUGUUGCCAUUGUCGGAUCGGCCAACUUGAAUGAUCGCUCUCAACUGGGAACUCACGACUCGGAAAUCGCCAUCGUCAUUGAGGACUACACCCCUGUGCAGUCCCGCAUGAACGGCCAGCCCUGGACUGCCAGCCGGUUCGCCGCCUCCCUUCGUCGCCAGCUGUUCCGCAAGCACUUGGGACUGCUGCCACCCCAGGACCCGGAGCGACCGGAUGGCAACUUUGAGCCCGUGGGCGUUCCCAACACCACCGACUUUGAGUCACCCGAGAGCCAGGUCGUCGCUGAUCCGCUGGCGGAUACGCUGCACAGUAUGUGGAACACGCGGGCUCGGACGAACACGGAAGUGUUCCGCAAGGUCUUCCAUUCGGUUCCGGAUGACACCGUGCGCAACUGGGCCACGUACAAGGAGUUCUACGGAUACUACUUCCACAACGCGGACAAGCAGGCGUAUGGCGAGGACGAGUCCAGACCUGCUCGCUACAAGUAUGGGCACGUGGUCCGCGAUGACUUCCCACCGGGUCCGGAGGGAGUCAGGCAAGUCAAAGAACUGCUCAGCCAGGUCAAGGGCACAUUGGUGGAGAUGCCUUUGAUGUUCCUGAUCGAGGAGGAUGUGGCGAAGGAGGGGUUGACGCUGAAUGAGAUUACGGAGCCAAUCUACACUUGA